CCCAGAAAUGGUCCAGAAUUUGAAGCUCGAAUUCGUCAGAACGAAAUAAAUAACCCAAAGUUCAACUUCUUGAACCCCAACGAUCCUUACCAUGCGUACUACCGGCACAAAGUCAGCGAGUUCAAAGAGGGUAAAGCACAGGAGCCCUCGGCUGCGAUUCCCAAGGUCAUGCAACAGCAGCAAAGUGCUCAGCAGCAGCUGCCACAGAAGGUGCAGGCCCAGGUGAUCCAGGAGACGGUCGUUCCGAAAGAGCCACCCCCGGAGUUCGAGUUCAUUGCGGAUCCUCCCUCCAUCUCGGCCUUUGACUUGGACGUGGUGAAGCUCACGGCGCAGUUCGUAGCUCGGAACGGGCGGCAGUUCUUGACGCAGCUGAUGCAGAAGGAGCAGAGGAACUACCAGUUUGAUUUCCUUCGCCCCCAGCACAGUCUCUUUAACUACUUCACUAAGCUGGUUGAACAGUACACGAAGAUCUUGAUCCCCCCAAAAGGCUUACUCCUCAAACUCAAGAAGGAGGCCGAAAAUCCCAAGGAAGUCCUGGAUCAGGUGUAUUACAGAGUGGAGUGGGCGAAGUUCCAGGAGCGAGAGAGAAAGAAGGAAGAGGAGGAGAAGGAGAAGGAGCGUGUUGCUUACGCCCAGAUUGAUUGGCAUGACUUUGUAGUCGUGGAAACAGUUGACUUCCAGCCCAAUGAGCAAGGGAAUUUCCCUCCUCCCACCACUCCAGAAGAGCUGGGAGCUCGAAUCCUGAUCCAGGAGCGUUACGAGAAGUUUGGGGAAAGCGAGGAGGUAGAGAUGGAGGUGGAGUCAGAUGAGGAAGAUGAAAAGCAAGAGAAAACAGAUGAGCCCCCAGCCCAGCUGGAUCAAGACACCCAAGUGCAGGAUAUGGAUGAGGGUUCAGAUGAUGAAGAUGAAGGUCAGAAGGUUCCUCCUCCUCCAGAAACCCCGAUGCCACCACCUCUUCCUCCCACGCCGGAUCAGGUCAUUGUGCGGAAAGAUUACGAUCCCAAAGCCUCAAAACCAUUACCACCAGCGCCAGCUCCAGAUGAGUAUCUUGUUUCCCCCAUCACUGGAGAGAAGAUUCCUGCCAGUAAGAUGCAAGAACACAUGCGAAUUGGUCUCCUGGAUCCUCGAUGGCUGGAGCAGCGUGAUCGAUCCAUCCGUGAAAAGCAGAGUGACGAUGAGGUCUAUGCCCCAGGUUUGGAUAUCGAGAGCAGCUUGAAGCAGCUGGCCGAGCGCCGUACUGAUAUCUUCGGUGUAGAAGAGACUGCCAUUGGUAAAAAGAUCGGUGAAGAGGAAAUCCAGAAACCGGAGGAAAAGGUGACCUGGGAUGGCCACUCGGGCAGCAUGGCCCGCACACAACAGGCUGCUCAGGCCAAUAUUACUCUCCAAGAGCAAAUUGAAGCUAUCCAUAAGGCCAAGGGACUGGUGCCAGAAGAUGACAGCAAGGAGAAGAUCGGUCCCAGCAAACCCAAUGAAAUGCCCCAGCCACCCCCUCCUUCGUCAGCGUCAAACCCCCCUGCCAGCGCUCAGCCUAUCACCUCCGUUCCUCGUCCACCCACAAUGCCCCCUCCCGUUCGUGCUGCCGUUGUUUCUGCCGUUCCGGUCAUGCCUCGUCCCCCGAUGACUUCCGUGGUCCGGCUGCCUCCAGGAUCGGUCAUAGCCACCCCCAUGCCACCGAUAAUCCAUACUCCACGCAUCAACGUUGUCCCCAUGCCGCCCUCUGCUCCUCCGAUCAUGAGCCCCCGCCCGCCGCCCAUGAUCGUACCCACAGCCUUCGUUCCUGCGCCUCCCGUGGCUCCGGUCCCUUCCCCAGCCCCGAUGCCUCCUGUUCACCCGCCGCCGCCGAUGGAGGACGAGCCAGUCUCAAAGAAACUGAAGAGCGAAGACAGCCUGAUUCCAGAGGAGGAGUUUCUGCGCAGGAACAAGGGCCCGGUCACGGUCAAAGUCCAGGUUCCCAACAUGCAGGACAAGACGGAAUGGAAACUGAACGGCCAAGUGCUGGUGUUCACCCUGCCGCUCUCAGACCAGGUGUCCGUUAUCAAGGUGAAGAUCCACGAGGCCACAGGGAUGCCGGCUGGGAAGCAGAAGCUGCAGUACGAGGGCAUCUUCAUCAAGGAUUCGAACUCCCUGGCUUAUUACAACAUGACGAGCGGCUCUCUGAUUCACCUGGCGCUCAAAGAAAGAGGAGGCAGAAAGAAAUAGGAGCUGUGGAGCCCAGAGGCGGAACGUGGCUGCGUUGCCACUUGUGUAACCCCAACCCUUUGCAUCCUCCAGCGUUUUCGGGGCUCCUGCAACUGCCUGCCAGCUCUA